UUGUACCGCACAAUGGGCGUAAGGCUACGUAACUGCAGCUGCAAAGCGUAAAAUGCAUUGACGCCUUCCCCGUCCUCGAUGCUCCCCUCCUCCGCCGCCUCCUCGCCGCCGGCGCCGCCGCCGUCGCCAUGGGACGACGUCUCCUGGGCGGAAUCCACCUCCUCGACUGUUCUCCAACACUACAACUCUCUCCCAAAGAAGGGCAAGCCGCAGGGGCGGGAGUCCACCGUCCUCGCCGCCUUCCUCCUCUCCACUCCGCAGCAGGACCCCCGGAAUCUCACUGUUCUCUCGCUGGCCACCGGAACCAAGUGUCUCGGCGCCGCUCGCCUCAACCACCACGGAGACCUCGUCCACGACGCGCAUGCCGAGGUCGUCGCACGCCGCGCGCUCCUCCGCCUCAUCUACACCGAGAUCGGCCGGAGCGGCGCUUCCGAUUGGUUGGUUGCUUCCGGUGAGAAGUGGAAGUUGAGGGAUGGGUACCACCUUCAUCUCUACAUCACCCAGAUUCCAUGUAUAUUCGGUUUGCUGUUCGCCGGUGGAGUCAUGCCUGUUCCACCAUCUCCCUCAGAGUUGCUCAGGGAACAGCUGGAUAGUGUUAAUGGAUGCGAUGAUGUUGGGUUUGUUCAAAGGAAGCCUGGGCGUGGUGACACUACAUUAUCAAUGAGUUGUUUUGACAAAAUAACUCGCUGGAGUGUUGUUGGAAUUCAAGGUGCAUUACUGUCUCACAUUCUUGAGCCCUUGUACCUGUCCACCAUUACUAUUGGACAAUCACCUACUGGUGCUUCUGAUGGGUUUUCUGUUGAAAAUAAUAUCAAGAAAGUUCUCGAUGCUCGACUGUCCUCUCUAUCCAGCAAACUGCUGUUGCCUUUUAAAUUGAACAAGCCACUAUUUUAUGAGGCACCUAUCCCUCCAAAAGAGUUUCAACAGACUUCUGGAGAUUUGCAACCUUUGACAUGCGGGUACUCGAUAUGCUGGAACAAAUCCGGUUUUCAUGAAGUUGUCUUAGGAACAACUGGGAGAAAACAGGGUACAUCUUCAAAGGCAGCAUGCUCACCAUCCACUGAGUCAUUGCUCUGCAAGAGAAGGUUGCUAGAAGCCUUUGUGUUGAUUGAACAUCCAUUAGUCAAAAAGUUCCAUCGCGAGGAAAUGUCCUACCGUCAAAUCAAGGUGGCUGAUGUUCUUUGCAGGAUAUGGCUCAUGAAUACCAGCAGACACUUGAGCUUCUCAGGAAGGCUCCAUUUUUUAGCCGGUGGAGUGCUAAGCCUGCAUCCCUCGAUUCAUUCACGGUUUCACGCACACCAGGAUAUGCAAAGGCAAAGGUGACUGCAGAGAAGAGAGGCUGGCGAUGGUUGUUGACAUGGGACCAUUGAUUUGUUGCAAAAGACCUAAGUUUUUCAUGGAUUCUGCCUAGCUCCACGAAUGGAUGGGAGGCAGAGACAGAUGCAGAAAUUAAAAGAAUCCAGCAUCAGAGACCGAAAGAUACGGCUAAGAGACCAGACAGACCCUGGACCCCAAGUGAGCACAUGCAUGUUUAAAUUAUUGAAAGCAACCAUUAAGAAACAUAUUUGCAUGUAAGUGCUCUUAAUGUAGGCAAAAACAUAUUGAUGGCGCCUCUUGUUCAUGAAGGAAAAGUGGUGAUGACCGAACUUGCAAGUUUUAUCUGCAAUCCUUUUGUUGCUUCUGAAAAACUGAAUUUCUCACCCUCUUGGUGCUAUCUUUCUUGUUACUUUUGGAUUAAUGGGCCUUUUGUAGUGAAUUUCUCACCAAUCUUGAUAUAUUUCUGAAAACUGAAUUUCUCACCUUCCUUUUUCUUGUCAAUUUUGGAUUUAAUGGGCUAUUUUGUUUGAGAUAUAAUCAGAUGAAGGGUUGGUGGUCGAGUGCCGAGUGGCCUAAUACUGCGUGCCUUGCGCCAUCAGAAGAGCUGUGGACACAAACAUGAUAUCUUAGUUGGUGUGGCCUCCUCAACCAUCAAGCAAUACAGACAAGGACCCCUCCAACUGCAAGAAAAACUGCCAUUUUACAGCUCAAAUCCAAAAUCUAAUCUCCUCAUCUUGCUAAUCAACCAUUGCCUUUGCCAGAAGGAGAGGCCUACUUUUGGCUUCCUUGAAUUAUGGAUUUCAAUAAGCUGGUUGGAAGAUGAGGAACACUUGGUGCUCACUGCAAUGAUAUUGCUACGUUUGAAUUCAUGAGCUGCUUACACAUUUGCAAAGAACCAUUGGCCACCAUCAAUCUGAAAAACGAAGUACUAUAUUUUUAACAAAGUGUAAUGCUCCCCAGAAACAGUAAUCUAGUGUCAGGGAGGAGACAGCCAUCUGGGAGGUUUUGCCUUUUGCUGCUGCUGUCUGGCCUGAUCACAUCAAGGCUGCUUGCUUCCAAAUUACUCAAUACCAAUACAGUUUAGUUUAUACACACGAUGGCAUGUCCUGCAGUCCUGGUCACUGUGAUCUGAGGCCAUCUCUGAAUAUCCAAGUACCAAGUGGCAAGCUCUCUGGUGACCUCAGUUUCAGUUUAUACGGAAACAUUUCUUUCGUGUACAUAGUUUCUCAUAACUCUUAAUUAUAUACCAACCCAAAUAGACACAAGAGAUAUUAGUACAAUGCAGUAUAAUAAA